UAACCAACUAUAAGUACGAUUCUGCUUUCUCAUCUCUUGAUAAAGUACUUCAUGCAAUGGCUUUUACACACAAUCAUGGUCUUCUUGUGAUCCUGCUCAUGAUGUUGUGUCUGCAUACCGUUGCAGAGUGGUGUAAUCAUGGAGGAGACAUAGGUAACACUAGGUAUGCCAAAGAAGAACUUCUGAUCAACCCAAAAACUGUCUCAAAACUACAUUUAAGAUGGAAAUUCUUUGCCGGAAAAGACAUAUCUGCGACUCCGGCGGUGGCCAAUGGAGUAGUCUACUUCCCAUCAUGGAAUGGGUAUGUUUAUGCAGUGAAUGCUUUCAAUGGUGCACUGAUAUGGAAACAGAACGUUGGCGAGCUGACUGGGCUGAGUGCAACUGGGACUAUAGUGAACGUAUCGGUGUCAAGAGCCACGCCAACGAUCGCUGGCGACCUCUUGAUCAUCGCAAUCUAUGGCCCUGCGUAUGUGAUUGCGGUGUGUCGGUUAACCGGAAAUCUGGUCUGGUCGGCUCAGCUAGACCCACAUCCUUUUGCACUGAUAACUGCAUCAGGAACAGUUCAUAUGGGGGCUUUUAUCGUUGGAGUGUCAUCACUAGAAGAAACCUUACCAGCAGGCCAAUGUUGCUCAUUCCGGGGCAGCCUAGCAAAGCUGGACCUCCGAACCGGUGCAAUUUUGUGGCAAACCUACACUCUCCCCGACAAUGGUGGCAAAUUAAACGCAUACUCCGGUGCGGCCAUUUGGGGAAGCAGCCCCUCCAUCGACACACGGCGGCGACUCGUGUACGCCGCUACCGGCAACCUCUAUACUGCUCCACCAGCGGUGUUGGAAUGCCAAGCCAAGCAAAACAAUCAGACCAAACCGACCCAACCCGACCAGUGUAUUGGGCCGGGUAUCAAUUUCAAUUCGAUAUUGGCUUUUGAUAUUGACUCUGGGAGGGUAAAGUGGGCUAGGCAACUUGGGGGCUAUGAUGUUUUUUAUUUUGCGUGUUUGGAUCCGACGAGCCCGGAUUGUCCACCCGGCCCGAAUAUCGAUGCUGAUUUUGGAGAGGCUCCGAUGUUGGUUCGGGCAUUUGUUAAUGGAACGGUUAGGGACGUGGUUGUCGCGGUUCAGAAGAGCGGCUUUGCUUGGACUUUGGACCGGGAUACUGGUGAUAUAGUUUGGUUCAAGUUAGCAGGACCAGGAGGCAAAGGAGGAGGAGGAACAUGGGGAGCAGCCACAGAUGGAAGAAGGAUUUACACCAACAUAGGCAACAGUGACAAUCUCAACUUCACCCUCGCCCCAUCUAACCGAACCACCACAGCCGGUGGAUGGGUGGCUUUGGAUGCCAAUACAGGGGAGAUCCUAUGGUCCACAGCCAACCCCAGCAAUGACUCUGCCCAAGGACCUGUUACCCUAACCAAUGGUGUCCUUUUCGCGGGGUCUGUGGCUUCCAAUGGACCUCUUUACGCGAUGGAUGCCAAUACCGGGCACAUUUUGUGGUCAUAUAACACGGGUGCCACCAUCUACGGUGGUGCUUCGGCUAGUUAUGGAUGCAUUUACAUUGGGAAUGGUUAUUCAAUUGGUUUGGCCAAGUUCCAUCCCACAUGGACUCCUGGAAAUUCACUCUUUGCCUUUUGUGUUUUAUGAAAAGAUCAUGCAUAGGACAUGCCUUGGAUUGGUUUCUAACGCGGAACCAUCAAAUAAAUAAAAGUUUUAAUCUCACUUGUCUUGGGUUAUGAUAUCCAGUGACUAAUAAAAGGGAUUGUUUCCAAUAAAAUUUUGAUUUACCAAAUA